GGUUUAGAAAUGCAUCCGGUGUGUUUACUAGCAUUCGCUACGAUUGUUGUGGUCAUACGCGCUGAUCAAGAUCGUCCAAGGGUAGCAUGGGUGCCGAUUGAAACUCGCAAUAUUAGCGACGUCGUUAGCAAAGCUCUCGAAGGCAGUGAAGAGCGACUUGUUAGAAUAGGAAAAAUGUUAUCGGAUUCCUACGACAAGAUGGCUAGAGACAGUGAAGAGGGCCAACAGAAGAUCCGACAGUUGGAAACCACCAGUAUUUCACCAGAAGUCACGACAGUAACCACAUUGCUAAUGAGCAUUCUGAGUCUCGGGACCAUCUAUUUGUGACCUCCGAAGCCCUUCUAGUCAAAAACCGUUGCCUUUGCAAAAUCCACUGCACCGAUUAACUAUCGAGUCCUGCCUCCGUAGGGAGUGUCGCAUGAUGACACUUUCAAAUAUUUUAGCCUCAAAGCUCCUUAAACUCCUUUCUUUGUCGAUUACCAUUUACCCGUGUUGCUGUUAAUCCUCUACAAACGAGUAUGCCAUUAUUAAUGAGCUAAUCAUAUGUCACUUCUAUCUCUCUGAAGAUUACUGCAUCGUGUGUUGUGUUGCUAAGAAUCCUUUGGUAAAAAGUGUAAUCACAGUUAUUAUGAGAUUCCAAUUGACACUUCCCAUGUGUUCACAUAUAAAGCGAU